CUGUCGACCGCACGAUGUUCUCCCUCUUCCCUCGCCGCAACCGGGGUCUGAAACUCAGCGGGCGUGAGAACCAGGACAUCCGCUACCUGACCCACUGCUGCCGACGGACCAUUGUUGCAAUUGGCGAAUGCCCGCAGCCCUUACUUGAAGACAUCCUCCAACUGGCGUCCGAGAAUGCGACUAUUCUCAGCGCGCUGCUGGCCUUGUCGGCGCGACAACGCCUUUCCGACGAGGAUCACGCCCACCCCAACCAUCCCGCGAGAGGGUUGGCGCCCCAUGCGCAGCACAGCCUGUCGUGUUGGGAAGCGCUCGACUGGUACCAGGCGACCAUCACCAAGGUGCGAGCGACGCUGUCCCGUCUACAGACGCUGGGGAGCCAUGUGAGCUGUGGGGAUGCUGUGGAGGUCCUGUGCUCCUGCGAGCUGUUGGCGCUAUUCGGAUUUCCGGAGAAAGUCCACAACUGGUCGGUGCAUGUGAGGGGCAUGAUCGCUUUUAUCGAGUCGCUGGAUCUCGAGCUCUUUCGCACGGUGCCGCUUGUGCGGAAUGCGCGAACCAUAGCCGCGUAUUGGGAUAUCUCCGCCUUUGCUUUGAACCGGCCAGAGAUGAGUCAACAUACAUGGCUGCGCUGGGGGAUUUGUCCGCUGCCCAGGGGGCAAGGGGAUGAAUUUGCUGGAGACGCACCCGCAGCGUUUUCGCCGUUUGAGGUCACAACAGGGUACCCCGAGACGCUGAUUACAGUGAUUGCGCUUGUUUCCGCGGUCAUGGAAGAUGUUCACGGUGCGGGCACCGUGGUUGACGAAUGGAUCGCUUGCUGCAUCCAAGAUCUGCUACGGAACACAGGCCGGGGAGAUGAAACACUGUCGGCGGACGAUCAUGACAGUGUCUCUCUGCAAGAUUGUCCGGUAUCAUAUUGGACCUCGCGAAUGCACGUAAUUAUCGCCGAGUGGGAGCCACCCGCCAUCCCACCGCACAUAUCGACAACACUGUCUCUUGCGUUGACCAACGCCUGGGAGAUCAUACGCAAAGCCGCACAUAUUUAUCUAACCCGUGGUGGGUUUGCGACUAGCGUAUACACACCGAGAUCAAUCCAGCGGGAGCGAAUAAACCGAAGAUUCGUCCGCGAGAUGAUCUUCGGGCUGCAAUCGUUGAUUUCUCUUGCCGAGGAGCAGGAAAUCACCAUCGCCAACGCCAUGAUCUGGCCGAUGACGGUGAUCGGAAACGAGAUCUGCGACGAUAGAUCGCUACAGCGGGAGCUUGUUGCCUUGUUCCACCGAUUACAGAAAUAUUUUCGCAUUGCACAUUUCAAUCAGGUUCUCGAACUAUUAGUGGAGCUAUGGCAACGGUUUGCAGAUUCUACGUCCUUGGUGGAUUCGAUGGAACCUCCGGCAGCCCUCAGUCUGCAGAUUCUAGCCGCAGAGAAAGAUCUCUCUGUUCCUCUGUUCUAG